AUGACCGCCAUCGCUCGUGUGGAGGAACAUCUUGCCACCUUUAUGAAGAAGGUGAUUUACUUUGAGGGUUUCUUCCAUCGCAUGCAAUCAAAUUUACCAGCAUGUGUCGUGAACACCGCAACACUUUUAUUUCAGCGCUGCUACGAAUAUCGCGACGAAAUACGCGACGAAUUGGAGUCAAAUGUCGCGUAUGUCGCUGAUGCAGGUCGCUGGGUUGUUGGAAUGGGUGACUGGAACAGCAAAAUGGAGAAGCGACUGAACCAGAUCAACGAACUUGUGCUGUUAGCAAAUACAUUGCUAACAGAGUACGCAGUGACAGGUCAAAUAGGGGCUGAAGGCUGUCGAGACGAGCUCAAUGCAUAUCUGCAAAUUUUGUCGGCAACUGUCACGUUGAGGAAUCCGAAGAAAGGGAAACAAGCAAUUGUAUCGAAUGAUACAUCACGUGCUACUCAGUCGAUAAAGGCCACAGAUUUGAGCUCAGAGAUGUCGGCUCUUGGUACCGAAUUAUCAGGAGCUAUAUCAGGAAUGUUCCGCGACAUUCAAUCGGUGUCGAAUUCUAAGCUACAAUCUCAAGUAGAUAAUGACGCAAUGAACCCAUUUACCGACUCAUAUCGACGUCCUGUCGAUCCAUACGCUACAGUGAGUACUACAGAUGCCUCGACUGAUAACAGUGUGCAUAGCUCAUCGGAUGGAUUGCCGAAAUAUACAUGUGAGGAACUCAGAUGCGAUGGAGACUUUCCAAAGGACCCGUUAAGUCCUGUGAGUUUGGGCGAGUACGAGUGUUUGGACAUUAACUCCAUUCCAAAAUAUGCUGCUUUCAAGUCAUCAGCUCAACUUGCCGCUAGAAGACAAUCGAACGGGUUCAAUAAUCUUGCAGUCAGCUUAACAAGUGACGGAGAAAGUAGUGCAUAUAACGAGUCAGGUGCAGAAUACCCCGAACUCUUUCCAUUGCCGGCAAAAGCUUUGUCAGAAAGUCUGACGUCUUCAAAUGCAAAAGCUGGUUCCACAAUAAAGUCUCCGAUCAAACCAAUCAUGGACAUGAACUAUUCAUAUGAUUUUCGGUGCGAAGAAGCUCACAAUCCAUUCAUUUCGUCAAAUACGCGAGAGUUACAUGUGUCGUCUUGUGCUAAAACUGACUUUCAGUCUCAAUCAGUAUCGACUCAGCUGUCAAACGACAUUCAGCCGAAUAAAGAUGAAGUGGAUACGAGGCAUACGAAUAAUGGACAUAUGACAGAAGGCAAGUCAAAGACACUAGCAGAUUACUUGGAGACUAAUCAAGAUACCCGUCAUAGCGACGAGUUCGAUCUAUUUGGUAUAGGCAAGUCAUAA